ACGUUGCCCUCUUCUCUUCUCUACAUAAUCCUCGUCCUGCUACGCGUGUUUCUGCUCUGAACCCAACAACCACCAACGCCAUUAACAACCACUGCACCAACCGCAUCACCGGAAACGGCAAUGGCGAACUCGAACUUGGAAGAUGUUCCCUCUGUGGAUCUCAUGACCGAGCUUCUCCGGCGGCUGAAGUGCUCUUCCAAGCCUGACAAGCGUCUCAUCCUCAUUGGCCCACCUGGAUCUGGAAAAGGCACCCAGUCUCCAAUCAUAAAGGACGAGUACUGCUUAUGCCACUUAGCUACUGGUGAUAUGUUAAGAGCAGCUGUAGCAGCUAAAACCCCUCUUGGCAUUAAGGCUAAAGAAGCUAUGGAAAAGGGAGAACUUGUUUCUGAUGACUUAGUUGUUGGCAUUAUAGAUGAAGCAAUGAAGAAGCCAUCUUGUCAGAAAGGUUUCAUUCUAGAUGGUUUUCCUAGAACUGUGGUCCAAGCUCAGAAGCUUGAUGAGAUGCUGGGAAAACAGGGACUUAAAGUUGAUAAGGUGCUCAAUUUUGCGAUUGAUGAUGCAAUCCUUGAGGAGAGAAUUACUGGUCGCUGGAUACAUCCAUCCAGUGGAAGAACCUACCAUACAAAAUUUGCUCCUCCUAAGGCCCCUGGCGUUGAUGAUGUUAGUGGUGAACCUCUGAUCCAGCGCAAGGAUGACACUGCAGCUGUUCUUAAGUCAAGACUGGAGGCAUUUCAUAAGCAAACUGAACCGGUUAUUGAUUACUAUUCAAAGCAGAGUUUGGUUGCUAAUCUUCAUGCUGAGAAGCCUCCCAAAGAGGUGACAGUUGAAGUCGAGAAAGUGUUGUCUCAAUAGAGUUCCCUGUUGGGCACUCAAGCUCAAACUGCAUUUUUUAUACAGGAAAACUUAGUUUGUCACAUUGUGUUUCAAAUUCAAUACAUUCUGAAAUGCGCUUACUUUUUAGCUUUACUGCAAACGCCGGCUGUUCUCAAACUCAAAUUUGAAGAGUUACUUUGAUGAAAUAAAAAGGUCAAAUUUGGAUUA